UUGGAACUACGUGAUACCUAUGCCUAAGGCCCUGACCGCGCUCAACAUGAUCCCGGUCACGGGCGCAUCACACGCGCCAAUCGGUUAUCGCGGCUGCUACCUGGGAUACCGGCCCUUCAGUUAUCAUCAUCAUGAUUUGAACCCCAACAAAGCUGUUCGACAACCCAUGGGUUUCACCUACGAAAGAGAUUCUCAGGUGCAUCGCUAUCCGGGUCAACCCGCGAGUCAAAGACCGCGGUGCAGGAUGCGUACCGUUUUUACCGACAGCCAGACAAAGGACCUGGAACAGCUCUUCGAGAUAACGGACUAUCCUGGCGUUGACGCUCGUGCAGAACUGGCGAUUAACUCCGGCCUUACUGAGGAGACAGUUAGGGUAUGGUUCAAGAACCGCCGCGCCCGCCGAAAACGUCAGAGGAACGGCAACAAGGUCAAUAAUUCACCGACAUGUUCAAGGCGUGAAGUCAGAGACGGUUCUCCCAACUGCCGCAGCCGCGUCCACCAAGAAACCGCCCUUUCUGCAUUUCUCUGACAUCAACAUGGAGAAUUUACAAUCAGUAAUAAAUAGGCAAAUUUUCAGUCUAUUUAAUUGACAUCCAUUUCCAAGGGUAGAGUUAGGAACAAAUUGACAACGACAAAUACACCCUGUAGGCCUAUAUAAAAAAAACUGACAUGUUACCCUGGAAAUUUCAAGGUUCCUUGAUUUGAUGUCUCUAUUCACAAAUGAUUUAUCCUAUAUUCUUGUCAAAAAUUCAAGAAGUAACAAGUGGAAACGGACACUAUGAUUAAGCGUUUUGAAGCCACAGUGUGGCAGUAUAGGCUUGAUGAAAGCCAAACCACAUUUGUCCAGUGAGCGCUGCUUGCGCAAUUGUUGGCCAGGACACCAUUCUUUUUUGAGUCGUCAUAGAAGUAGAGAUUAGAUUGUUUUAUUUUUAAAUUAAUUUCUCAUUUUUUUCCAGAGCUGUAUAUUUAAUAAACAUAAAAUGUCAUGGAAUAGUAUUCCGUACUGAGAUUACAUUUUUAGUUUUUUACAGAAUAACCUACAUAGUGCUUUUUGUUUACUUGUAACAGAUAGCUACAAAAAUAAAUGUACUGUAUAGGCA